AUGAUGCCUGUGAACACAAUGAUCCCGUCCGGGGGAGCCGCCAUGGACCGGGAGAAGGCACAGCUGCGCUCAGCUCGUCCCAGUGAUGCGAGCAAGACAGGUGAUGCAAAGGACUGGUUCCUUAGAACUCGUGGCCACAGCCAAGUGCCCCCGGCAGACCGGGUGCCCUGCGACCGCGGUGGCAAAGUGGGACCGGCCGUCAUGGAGGGAAGCGAGCGGAGAGGCACGCUCGGCGCUCCUCGCCGGACGGCGGACAGGCAGCGCUCCGCAUCACACGCGGAGGGCUGUGACCCACCCAGGAGAACCGGCCCACACAGGCGGCUACCCACCCCAGAGUCAAAGCGGAUCGUCCUGCUGGGAAAAACUGGCUAUGGGAAAAGCAGCCUCGCUAACAUCAUACUUGGAGAGAACUUGUUCACUGUACAUGAUUCUUCUGUUUCUGGAACUGCCACAUGUCGAUCUGAAACCAGAGAUGUCAGUGACAGAAAGAUCACUUUGGUCGACACGCCUGGUUUGUUUGAUACAGAAAGGUCAGAGGAGGAUUUGAGGUCUGAGGUCUUGAGGUGCAUUACAGAGUGUGCUCCUGGAAUUCACGCUUUUCUCAUCGUGCUGAAAGUUGAGAGAUUCACAGAGCAGGAGCAAGCCGUCAUCAGCAGAAUCUGUGAGUAUUUCUCUCAAGACAUUCUGAAUCACGCCGUGGUCGUCUUUACUUUCGGCAACGAGCUAGGUGAAGGGAAGAUCGAGGAGCACAUCAGUAAGAAUCAAAAACUGAGAGGCCUGGUGAACAGGUGUGGCGGCCGGUGCCACGUCUUCGACAACAAAUACUGGAACAACAACACGCUGCAGAACGACUACAGGAGCAACCGCUUCCAGAGGGAAGAGUUACUGAAGACCAUCGACAAGCUAACGGUGGAAAGAAACGGCCAAUGCUACACCAACGACAUGCUGCAAGCUGUGGAGAGAGAAAUCCAGAGAGAGGAGGAGCAAAUCAGGCAGUCAUCUCCAGAAAACCUGCCACCAGAGGAGAUCAGAAACCAGGCCAAAAGCCUCGUGGAAAACAGAUUUCUGAUCGAACUGGCCGGGGUCACAACGGGGGCUUUGUUGGGAGCUUUGUUUGGCGUAGAGGCUCUGGUUAGAGCGGUUGCAACGGUUGUCAGACAGAUAUCUCAAACUAUAAACCUUGUAAAAGAAGUAAAUAUGUUAAUGGGAGUGUCAGCAGUUACGAAGGCAUCUGCAGCAGUGUCAGCAUCUGCAGCAGUGUUGGCAGGAGGGAAUGCAGCAUUAGUUGUUGGAGCAGCUGCCGCCUUCUCGGCUGCAGCAGGGGGAAUCGUGGGCGGUGAUAUUGGACAUGAAGCAGCUCAGGAAGCAGAAACAGUGUGGGAUGCAGUGACAAAGGCGGGAACAGCUUUAACAGAAAAAAGAAGAAACUUAAUUCUGUCUUUCAAAGAUAUGCCUUGAGAAGGCCACACAUUAAAGCCUGGAGGAGAAGAUGUUCAUACUGACCCACCUCACUUCUUUAGGUUAGACACAGCCACACCACAAACAUUUCAUAUCUACAUCUCACCAGUUAUUUACUUUAAAAUUCAUUUAUUUAUUUUCCUUGGUCUUCCACUGUUUCCACAUUAAAAGAUUAUCAUCACAUUUUCUGUUUGCAUUGAUUGUUUAAAGUCAUCAUUAUGUUAUUCUCUUUCCUAAACUUGGGGUCUUGAGUCUUUUGGAGAUUUGUAAAAAUUGUUUAAUUAUAUUUUGUAAUUUCUUUUUAGCUUAAUUUCUAUUUCUAUUCUGUUUUUAUUUCCUUUAGCAAUGUAUUGUUGUUUUUAUUUCAUUAUUUCACUUUCAUGCGUUAGAAAAUCCUCUCUUUUUUUAGUUUUGUGUGUUUUAAUCCUUUAAAGAUGAAUUUCUCAGCCUCUCUCUGAAGGUGUUAUUCAGCCACAGCUGCUCAGAUAGGAAACGUCUCUCUUCUCUCGUCAGCUGCAGUGAGCGGAAAUGUUAGAUCAGAUGAGGAAACUGUUUCAUUGAACUGUCCAAAGUUAACUCAGAAUCAGUAAGAGUUCAUAUAUUGUUGAUUUCCUGCAGCAGUGCUUUCUAUUAUAAUCAGUGUUAAUCUGCUGGAGUCACUGCUGCUCUGCUUCUCCUUCACCAACACAUU